UUCAAUACACAAUCAACACACUUCUUCUUUCUUUAAAUCCCAGCUGCAAGAGAUAAUGGCGAAAGAGUCCACCACCAUUGACAUUGGCGAAACGAGCACCGUUACAAAAAGUACAAGCCAUGCCUUGGUGGACGAGAAGAAGAAGGGUUUUGUGACAGCCGCCCCAGGAGGCGGCUACAAGAGAGGUUUGACCAUAUUUGAUUUUCUCCUCCGUUUGGCGGCCAUAGGAAUCACCAUCGGGGCUUCCUCUGUCAUGUUCACCGCCGAGGAGACACUUCCCUUCUUUACUCAGUUCUUACAGUUCCAAGCCGGUUACGAUGACUUUCCCACGUUUCAGUUCUUUGUGAUAGCCAUAGCCAUAGUGGCCAGCUAUCUCGUCCUUUCACUUCCCUUUUCCAUCGUCACUAUUGUCCGACCACUAGCAGUUGCGCCCCGGCUCAUCCUGCUCAUCUCCGACACCGUGGUCUUGACGCUUACCACAGCAGCAGCCGCUGCGGCAGCAUCAAUUGUCUACCUCGCACAUAACGGUAACGCAAACACCAAUUGGCUCCCCAUUUGUCAGCAGUUUGGAGACUUCUGCCAAACGGCAAGUACUGCAGUUGUAGCUGCAUCUAUCUCGGUUGUCUUCUUUAUCCUUCUCAUUGUCAUCUCAGCCAUUGCCCUAAAAAGGCAUUGAUCUGAAAGUUUCUGCAUGUAUAUGUUUGUGUUGUGUCGUGUGCUUUGUGCAAAAUGAAAUGAUAGAUAUAUGGUAUCAUUAAGGUGUGG